AAUCGCUUUCUACAAGUGAACAAACGAACAGUUCCUAUUCCUCAGUACGGUGGACGAUGGCUCGUACUGUUUAUCCCAAACGUCCGAUAAGGUGUGACCCAUUUGUGGACCAGAUGGACACCAUCGACAAGGCCUUGAUUGAGGUGCAAAAUCAGCCUAUGAGUAUCUAUGCCAUCAACAAACGGAAAUAUGGAAACGUUUCCAGGCAAAGAGCCGCCCAAUACCCCUCGAGCUAUUCCACGCUGUUGGGAUAUUCCACGCCGUCGGGCCCGCACCAGCCCUCGGAGGCUCAGCGCCAGUUAUCGUCUCAUCACCAGAAUGUUCCCCAGAUUUCCAGCCAAAUCUCGUCACACCAGCCACAAAUAAGUCUGAUGGGAUCUCAACCACUGCAGCUCCAAGCAACAGCCCAAAUGUCACAGACUUUUGGUUUGCUGUCUUUGGGACUGGGAUUUGGCUAUUCUGGACAUGGCAACGAAUUUCUGUAUAACGGUGGACACUCGACAGCAGCAGCAGCUCCGGCGCAAACUACCACCGGACUCGGUUCUUCGUUUGACCCAUUCAGCUCUAUUGAUUUGUCUGAUACCAGAUUCAACUCUGGAUCUGGAUCAACAUUGAAUGCAUCUUCGUUCAAGAAUUUGACGUCGAAUAUUUGGGGGAACAGUGGUUCCGAGCCAAGCAUUAGUACCGACACAUCGGUUUGGGGAUAAUUUAUUCAGGGUUUGAUUUUGUGAUUUUGUAUUUUGCUGACAUUGGAAAGGAAAAGUGAGGUUUUGUGAAAAGUAUUGUUUUAGUGUACCAUACUUGUGGUUUGAAAUUGUUAAGUGUAUUACUAGAGGUUUGUUUUGGUGUGCCAGUGGUUUGUGAAGGGAGUAUAUUGAGGUUCAAUAUGUAAGAGUUAAUAGUGAGUUAAUAUAAUAACAGUGGUUAUCCAGCAGAUACUGAGCGUGGAAAUGUGGUGCUGGUACUGCUCCCGCUCCCGCGCCGCCAUCUUGCGGGAAUUGCCAACAUGUCUUCGUCGGUCUUAGUACCAAAUUGGGCUUCACAGCAAGCAACACUGGGGAACACAAAUAUUCCACCUAUACAUAAAACCAUCACCAUCCACAAACCUAUGAACUAUCGGAUGAUUGUUUUCACUCCUCCGAGAGUGGUAGGUGUCGUAACUUGUACUGUGACGCAUUGGCAACCUGUCGUCGGUGGGGGACCGGGUCGUGCGCGUGCGCCGCAUUCGCCGCUUUUUGGCGUAGAGUUUUCCAAGGGUUGAGGCGCUAGUCCCGUUCUUUCGGCCGUAGACCGGACGGGCUUCAGUUUAAUUCACCAAAAACUCUGCAUGCCCCUCGAAAAACAAAACUACUCAUACGCAGUUCAUAACCUCUAUAACUACAAAAUCACCCAAUUAUCGAACCUACUUCACUGGCUACUCCACGACGAUUUUAAAAAUAUGU